AUGUAUUCAAUGAAUAUUUGGUCAUGUUUAUGGGUAUUUAUCCCUAUAUUUGCGACUGGUAAAAUUUAUGGUUUACAUAAUUUUGUCAAACUUUAUCCAUCUGUUAUGUUGAAUAUGUUAUUUCUUUGUCUAACUGAUGCCGUUGGCCAAAUCUUGGAUGAUUCCAUGAGAUGUCAACUACAUAAAACAAAAGAUUCUAAAAAAAAAUUGAUAAGUAGCCUAUCUUGUACAGCUCUUUGCGAUGAUCAUUUUGGUAAAAAAACAUUUCCAAUAUCGAGUAAAAAAUGA